CAGAGGUGAUCUCACACUCAUCAGCACAGGAUAACACAACCAUGAUGGGUUGACUUGGGGGGGGGAGGCAGUUGGAGAGAGGAAGUGUGCAUUCGCCACCACUUGCUCAGCUAUGGAGACCAACAAAGUUCUUCAUUUUGUGCCUUCGGAGGCGCCUCCCUCUGGGAUGUCCAAGAAUGGAUACUUCUUUCAAGAAAUGGAGCAGCGGGAGGCGGAGCAGGAGGAGGGCAGCGAGGGCCGAGAGGAGGGACAGGACUCGCCGAUCGCCUGCGGAGAUGACAUCCACCUCUAUGACAACCAGAUCAGCCCUGGGCCAGACACUGAUGACUCUGGUUGUGUGUUACUGAACACGUCAAGAAGGUAUGUGAAGCUGAUGAACUUUGAGGAGGAGGUCCGGGCGCACCGGGACCUGGAUGGCUUCCUGGCGAGGGCCAGUAUCCUGCUGGAUGAGACGGCUGCCUCCCUGGACGACGUCCUGAAGAGAAUGUUGCACCACGUGGGUCAGGACAGCCACUCGUCCGAGCCCAGCUGCAACUUCGAGGAGGUGAUGAGCAUGCUUUUCACAGACGCGGGCGCCCAGGAGGUCAACGUUCACCUGCUGUCGGAGACGAUCCAGGGCGUGACAGCCACCGCCACCGGGGUCCAGUACCAACAGUCCUGGCUCUGCAUCCUCUGCAACGUGAAGCAUCUCCAGAGGCGUCACGUGUGCAUCUCCCGCCUGGAGAGGCCGCAGAACUGGGGAGAGAACUGCUGCGAGGUCCGCUAUGUCAUCCUGAUACUGGCCCCACUCAAAAUGAAAAGCACCAAGACAGCGAUGGAGCUGGGCAGGACGUUCGCCACCCUCUUCUCUGACAUCUCCUUCAGGCAGAAGCUGCUGGAGACAAAGACGCAGGAGGAGUUUAAGGAGGCGUUGGUGUUCCAGAGGCACCAGCUGACGGCAGCCAACCAGCAGCCCACCGCUCUGGGGAAGGAGGAGACCGACCCCCGCAGUCACAAACCACUCAAGUGUAAAGAUUUCUUCAAAGCCGGGCGGGGGAUAUAUGAGGACUUGUGUCGCAGACUGCCUUUCUACCCCUCUGACUUCACAGAUGGUAUAGUUGGCAGUAAUAAAACCCUGCUGAAGUACAUGACCACAGCCAUCUUCCUCUACAUCGCCAUCCUCCUCCCCGCCAUCGCUUUCGGCUCCCUCAACGAUGAGAGCACACGCGGCGAGAUCGAUGUUCGGAAGACCAUCAUCGGCCAGAGCAUCGGCGGGGUCAUCUACUCGUUGUUCGCCGGCUCUCCCCUGGUCAUCCCUCUAACCACGGCUCCUCUCGCCAUCUUCAUCAGCGUGAUCCGAGGAAUCUGUGACGACUACAACCUGGACUUCCCAGCUUUCUACGCCUGCAUUGGUCUGUGGAACUGCCUCUUCCUCAUCCUGGGAGGGAUCUUCAAUGUCAGCCUGCUCAUGAAGCUCUUCAAAAGGUCGACAGAGGAGGUCAUCGCCCUCUUCAUUUCCAUCGCGUUUGUGGUGGACGCAGUGAAAGGCACGGUGAAAAUCUUUCACAGAUACUACCACGACCCCACGCUGGCCAACAGGAGCGCAGUGGACUUCCGUCAGGGCGGAGACCUGUUGGGAGGGAACCGGAGCGAAGUGGCAGCGGGGUUAGCGUUCAACGCCCUCCCCGAAUCCCUCAUCCAGUGCACCCGAGAGAGACCUGUCCUCUGCCUCCUGCUGAUGCUCGGGACAUUAUGGAUGGGCUACACCCUCUACCAGUUCAAGAGGAGUCCAUUCCUGCAUGCCAAAGUGAGGGAGGUGCUGUCGGACUGCGCCCUGCCGAUCUCAGUGCUCCUGUUCUCCUUCAUCGGCUCCUACCUUUUCAGUGACAUUGAGCUUCCAGUGUUCAAAGUUCACGACAGACCGAUCUUCAACGUGGCUCCAUUCGAGCGCCUGUCGGCCAUGAACGUCGUCAGCGCCAUGGGCCUCGGCUUCCUCCUGGCCCUCCUCAUCUUCAUCGACCAGAACAUCGUUGUCUCGCUGACCAACGCGCCAGAGAACAGGUUGCUGAAGGGCACGGCGUAUCACUGGGACCUGAUGCUCUCUGGGCUCAUUAACAUACUGAUGUCGGUGCUGGGGUUGCCCUGGAUGCACGCCGCCUUCCCCCACUCCACCCUCCAUGUGCGCCAGCUGGCUUUCGUGGAGCAGCGCGUGGAGGGGGGGCACCUCUACGAGACUAUUGUCCAGUGGAAGGAGACCCGGCUGACGUCUCUGGCUGCCAACAUCUUCAUCGGCGUGUCGGUGCUGCUGCUGCCCGUCCCGCUGCAGUGGAUCCCCAAACCCGUCCUGUACGGCCUCUUCCUCUACAUCGCCCUCACCUCCAUCGACGGAAACCAGAUGUGCGACCGCAUGGCUCUCCUCCUCAAGGAGCAGACGUCUUACCCGCCCACCCACUACAUCCGCAAAGUGCCCCAGAGGAAGAUCCACUACUUCACCUUCCUGCAGAUGAUGCAGCUGUUGGUGCUGUGUACGUUUGGCAUGUACCCGAUACCGUACAUGAAGAUGAUCUUCCCUCUGCUCAUGAUCCUGCUAAUCCCAAUCAGGAACAACGUGCUUCCUCAUAUCAUUGAGGCCAAAUACUUGGACAUAAUGGACGCCCAACACAUGUAGCUACAGGUGGAGACGAGCUCUGGAACCACAAAGACGUCUGGAAUAUAUAUAAAAAAAUUUAAAAAAGAAAUAUGAGGAUUUAAAAAAAAAAAAACAAACAUAUUUUUCAAUGCAAAACUGUACGGAAGCAAAAAGGAGAAAUACCGACUGUUUUGAUUUUUGUAUCUGAUAAGAACAUUCUUACAGGUGAAGCACUGGAAAUGUGGGAAGUCGUGUGAGGAAGAGAGAUGAGAGCUGUGGGAAAUCUUUUUUUUCCGAAAACGUGGACAGACAGCAUCUCUCUGGGGAAAAGUUCUGCUGAAGAAAAAAGAAAAUAAAAAAUAAAAAACAGGACUGUCCAGAACUCCCUGUUUCACCUCCGUUUGACCCCGUCAGAUCGUUCAGUGCCAUAUACCUCCAUGUUCUCCUCUCACGUCUUUACUUUGUAUGAAAACACUUUACAAUACCCUCACUGCAGUGUGUGCAUCUGUGUUUGAACCUGUGGGUAAGUGCUUAAAGUACUUACUAAUACCGUGUAAGUCAUCAGAAAUCUGCCAGUGUACACUGUAUAGCACUUAGAAAGGUGUAAUGGCACAAUGUAAGUAUCUUUUUUUUGACACUUUGCCCUCACACUGUGUUUGUACACUGUCAUGUGAGUGAACUUUACAUACUUACACCGUGUUGCUAAGUACUUAAAUACUUUUCCAUUCGUGAAUAAGCUGGUAAGAACACUGCAUUUAGGCCACUGUAAAGUCAGUCUUAACCCUUUUGUAUUUCUGUCAUCGUGCAGUGUUGAAACCUUUACAUUCCUGCACCUUUUAGCUGUGACUCCCCCUUUUUCUAUCAAGGACACUUGUGCCCGGACAUAUUUAGUUUCGAAGUCAUUCCAAUAAAUGUCAGUGUUCAUUAAAGAGAGAAAAAAAGGUGUGUGUGUGUGUGUGUGUGUGUGUGUGUGUGUGU